ACUACGCGAGAAUUGUUUUCCUCCGUCGUACUCGUACAGGAGACUUCACCAAUAUCCGGCUGAAGAAUGAUCAAACUACGUGACGCAUGUUGACACGAACUGUACGGAGUACCUGGAGUCUCUUUCGAUUGAUACAUGUUAUUUCCAUGCAUUACUAGACCCAAAUGAUCGAUCAAGAGAUGCCCUCCCUGCAAGACCGGGAGAGCUCCCACGAUGACUCGAGACCCGCAAAAAGGCAGCGCAACUUUAUUGCUCGCCAGGCAUGUGAGGCUUGUAGAGCAAAGAAAACAAGGUGUGACGAGGACAUGCCUUGCAGCCUCUGUCGAAAUCUCGGCAUUGAAUGUACCUAUGUCGAGCGCAAACCUACCAAGAAUGAAACAUCCAUGAGCAUGAUCUUCAAUACUCUGCGGAGGAUGGAGUCGAAGAUUGAUCACCUUUCAGCCACGAAUACCCCGAGUCCAUCGUCGCAGACUAAUCAUCGACACGAAGUCAACCACGUCCCUACAAUGAGCCCUUAUCAUAUUGAUUCCGCACUUUCCAAUGCGCCAUUGACAUCUCCUCAAACUCAGAUAAGCAGACCUCUGAGUCAGUCAGCGGCUGUCGGAACCGUACUAUCGUUCAGUGCUCAUCGCACGAUACAUUGGCCUGGAGUGCACUCCUCUCUAGCCCUUAGCGUUUCCACGGCCAUUUGCGAUAUGAAACCAACGUUCCAUACUCAUCUGGAAUCUAAUCGACCGCCACUGGAACCCACGAUUCAAGCAGCUGCGACAUUUCCGACCGGCGAGUGGUUGUCCACCCUGAGCCUGACAUGCGUCAAAGUCCUUUCUAAUGCCUAUUUCGAUACCUUCAACCGUGUAUAUCCAUUCCUCGAUAGAGACUACUAUUUUCUCAACACACUUGCUGUGGUCGUUCGUGAGGGAUUUGGUUUUGACGUCGAGUCUUGUCUUGUCCUAAACGUUAUGGCCUUGGGUUGCAUGGGAUUAAAGGCCUUCGGAGAAGGCGGGUUCGAUACAUCUCACUACGCUGACAUCACACCUCUGGUUCAACAAAUUAUGCAGGAAGACUGUCCAGGACUGAGCUUCUUCAACGAAGCUCGUAAACGUGUCGGAUUCUGCCUCUGCGAGCGGGACAUUCAGAGCUGUCAAUUCUACCUAUCCUCAGCCCUUUACUUUGUGCAGGUCAUGCGGCCAGUGGACGAGUGGAUGAUGACAAGCCGGGCAUUUGUUAUUUGUGCAGCGUUCUGGAAAUGUCCACCGGAUCCCCAGGACGAAUGGGUCGCCGAUAUGCACUCACGGCUAUUUUGGAGCGCCCUCAUGCUUGAAAGUGUUAUCGUCCAAGAAUUGGAGCUGCCAUCGAGCGGCUUCAAGGAGUGGGAAGAUGUUGUCCCCUUGCCAAAAUUCAUCACAUAUCCUUAUAUCAGCAAAUCAGGCGCCCAGAAUCCGGACGACUCUUACUACCAUUACCACUUUCUUGCACAGAUUGCCGUGAGAAUCAUUCUCAGUCGCGUUCGAGAAGAGCUCUACUUCAGCAACCCCUCAACCGCAUUGGCAGAGGAGUUGAGGCAUCAAUUGGAGCAGUGGCGUGCUAAUCUGCCUGAAGCUUUGCGUUUUGCAGAUGAAGACCCCGAACCAGUAUUCGACAGUCCCAGUGAUGCUGUAGUCGUAGCCUUGCUCCAAGCACGCUAUCGAAUCUCAAUGUUUCACCUGGGCCGCCCUUUUCUCUACAAAGCACUACUGAACCCUGUUGCGGCUACAGAAAAUGACUUGAAGAUGUGCUCGAGCACCUUGAGAUUUGCAAUGGACUGGGCUUUGCUAUGGGAUCGGCUUUGUACCAUGCCAGACUUUAUGCCUCUAAAGUUUUUUUGCGCGGGACAAUUAUUUGGCCAGCUGUUUAUUUUUAAUGCGUUCAAAAACUCGGCUGAGGAGCGGUUGCGAGAGACGCUCCCUCCAGGUUACGAGCUGUGGUGUACAAAGAUGCUCAGGUACAUUUCUGAUCUGGUGGAAACGAGUCCCACCAUGGCAGCAAACUUCGAGUUGCUGUCCAGACUGUAUCAUCUCAAUGACGAAUGAUUUCCCAUGCAGAAAGGAUCGUCCUGCACGUGGGUGAACUACCGUCGACCUGAACCGCAUAGCCCCUCGAUGCUGGAGCAUGAAUGCAUUGUGUGCAACCGCCGGAUCAAAGUGUGUCUCACCACUGGAGACGUGUCUCAUGUAAACGGCUUAGUCGGUAACGUGAGCCGCACCGGCGGCAGCAGCAAGUGGCCGGUCCGAACGCGGGGGUCGUGGGGGAAUCCGGUCGGGGAGACGGAGUUGAGGAAAUUCUUCUCUACCACAAGCAGCUGCAAUGAAUAACAUGUGCCGGACUUCUACCCCGUCACACUGCGCCUCACCAGCCCUUAG